AUGCUGCUCAAUUGCGGCAUCAUUGCGGAUGCAGUGACUGCGGGAAGAUCUGAGCUGCCAUUCGAAUUCGCCAAGACGCGCGUCCAACUACACGAAGACAGCCCGACCCGCAACCCCUUCAAAGUGAUCAGACAGGUGAUUGCCAACGAAGGGCCACGAGCACUGUACAAAGGAUGCGAAACACUCGUGGCAGGCACGGUAGCCAAGGAUGCCAUCCGGUUCAUCUCGUUCGACAGCAUCAAGCUUGCCUUCAAGGACCCUGAGACCGGCACACUUUCACCCCUACGGAACCUUAUGGCCGGUAUCACAGCCGGGGUCGUGGCGAGCACGUUCGCCGUGACGCCGACGGAACGGAUCAAAACGGCCUUGAUUGACGAUGCACGACACGACAAGCGAUUCCGGUCGCCCUGGCAUGCUACCAAGACAUUGAUCCAGGAACACGGCCUUGUACGCGCCCUGUACAGAGGGUACGUGACGACGACCCUGAAACAAGCCUCGACCACGGCCGUCCGGUUGGGCACGUACAACAUCCUCAAGGAUUGGGAGCGACUGCGCAACAUUCCGCAGACGACGGCGACGACGUUCGGAAACGGUGCGGUUGCAGGCACGAUUGUGGUGUUUGCCACGCAACCCUUCGACACGCUAAAGACCCGCGCCCAGAGUGUCAAGGGCGCCGGCGUCGUAGAGGCCUUCACCAGUGUCAUCAAGGACUAUGGUGUCAAGGGUCUGUGGAGGGGAAGUACGAUGCGGCUGGGCCGGACUGUGCUUGCCGGCGGCAUUUUGUUCACUUCGUAUGAGUGGAUCGCCGCGCUGAUCCAGCCUGUAUUGGAGAAGAGCAAGCUUGUCGCGCCCCCGCAAUGA